CUCUUUUUUUUUCUUUUUUUUAAUUUGAACCUGCAGGACCACCGAGAGUGUGUUAGCUCCUCUAGCUCUGCACAUAAGCUGUUUGAUUAAUUGCCUGAUUUAAAGCUGCAAUGCAAACUUUGCUCUUUUUUCCUUCGUUCUUCUUAUAGAAUUAAGUCUCUGAGUUCUAAAGAUAUAUUUGAUCAAAUGUUGGCAUUUGGAACGAUAAAGACUACAGUUUUAUCAUUCAAAGUACUGAAACUCCCAUCUUCAAAAAUUGAAGGAUCUAGGCAGUUGAAGUGUAAAGCUUCAAAAAUGGAGCUUACUAUAACUCAACCUGAUGAUUGGCAUCUUCAUUUACGUGAUGGUGAACUUCUUCAAGCUGUUGCCCCUCACAGUGCUAAUUUUUUUGGGAGGGCGAUUGUGAUGCCGAAUUUGAAGCCUCCUAUUACUUCCACUGCUGUUGCUGCUGCUUACCGUGAAUCUAUCUUGAAAGCAUUGCCUGCCGAUAGUGAUUUUAGUCCAUUGAUGACACUUUAUUUGACAGAUACUACAAGCCCUCGUGAGAUCAAGCUUGCAAGAGAAAGUGGGGUAGUUUUUGCUGUGAAGUUGUAUCCUGCUGGGGCUACAACAAAUUCUCAAGAUGGUGUUACUGAUCUUUUUGGAAAAUGUCUACCUGUGCUAGAGGAGAUGGCUGAGCAGAAUAUGCCUUUACUGGUUCAUGGAGAAGUUACAGAUCCUAAUGUUGAUGUGUUUGAUCGUGAAAAAGUCUUCAUUGACACUAUUUUACAGCCUUUAAUCCAAAGGCUUCCACAGCUAAAGGUUGUAAUGGAGCAUAUCACUACAAUGGAAGCUGUUAGGUUUGUCGAGUCUUGUAGUUAUGGAUCUGUGGCGGCAACUGUUACUCCACAGCAUCUACUUCUCAAUAGAAAUGCUAUCUUUCAAGGAGGAUUGCAGCCACACAAUUACUGCCUUCCAGUGCUCAAACGAGAAAUUCACAGGCAGGCUAUUGUUUCAGCCGUGACUAGUGGAAAUAAAAAAUUCUUCCUUGGAACUGACAGCGCACCACAUGAGAAACGAAGGAAAGAAUGUCCUUGUGGAUGUGCUGGAAUUUAUAAUGCCCCUGUUGCUAUAUCACUAUAUGCCAAGGUUUUUGAAGAGGCUGGUGCACUUGACAAGCUGGAGGCAUUUACAAGCUUUAAUGGACCAGAUUUCUAUGGACUUCCAAGAAACACCUCAAAGAUCAAACUGACUAGGACUCCAUGGAAGGUUCCAGAGUCUUUCUCAUUUUCAUUUGGAGAUAUUGUUCCAAUGUCUGCAGGUGAAACACUUGAGUGGCAGCCAUCCUCCAUUUGAUUUACAUUAUGCAGAGGAAAACGUUGCUGUAUAGUUCUUGUUUUGCUUCAUUUAUUAUCUCCACUUAUUUCUCUUGAACAAGGGAUCAUAAGUUUUUUUUUCCCAAGAAGUUGACAGCCUUGCACCAUUCUGCAUGUGCGAUGGAUCGGGUUAUAGAUUAUUAACUUCCGCAAUUUUUAUUUUCUAUGUAAUAAUUAGAAACCAAUCUAAAUGUUCUUAUAAACUUUGUUAUGUACAAUGGACUUAGCCUAGUUUGAAGUUUUGCUCUCA